AUGGGAAAUCUAAAAAAGUUUCGUGGGAUUGACGAAAUUAAGAGUCAUUUGAUACGUCGUGGUUUUAAAGAAGGAUAUGACCCGUGGAUAUGGCAUGGUGAGAAUGUACCUUUUAGUACAUAUGAUGUCGAAUUAGAUGUAGAGAAAGAUAAACGUAAAGAAGAUACUGUUAGAACUGAUGAAGACAAUGACCGGCUAGAUGAAUUGAUGCGUGAUAUGCAAGGGGAUUUGAAUGAACUGCCUCAAGAGUUUGAAACUUUUUUUGAAAAUUCUGGAAAACCUUUGUUUUCUGGAUGUAGUAAAUUUACAAAGUUAUCAUCAAUGCUUAAAUUGUAUAACUUAAAAGCAAAGAAUAGGUGGAGUGAUAAGAGUUUCACGGAGUUAUUGAAACUUUUAAAGGACAUGCUUCCUGAUGAUAACGAACUUCCUUGUUCAACUUAUGAGGCAAAGAAAAUGUUAUGUCUGUUGAGUAUGGACAUUGAAAGGAUCCAUGCAUGUCCAAACGAUUGUAUUUUGUAUUGGAAACAAUACAAAGACUUGCAUGUGUGUCCGAAGUGUGGAGCAUUGCGUUAUAAACGGAAAGGAUACGAUGAUGCAUGUGAGAAGAAGAAAGGUGCUCCUGCGAAGGUGUUGUGGUAUCUACCGGUGAUUCCAAGGUUCAAGCGUUUGUUUGCAAAUCCAAAUGAUGCAAACAAUUUGCAAUGGCAUGCUGUUGGUAGAAAAGAAGAUGGAAAGUUGAGACAUCCCGCCGAUUCUCCUCAAUGGAAGAACAUUAAUAUGAAGUUUCUUGAAUUCGGUUCCGAAAACCGAAAUCUUAGGCUUGGACUAUGCACAGAUGGAAUGAAUCCUCAUGGAAACGACAUAGAUGUGUACUUGACACCGCUUAUUGAAGAUUUAAAGAUAUUGUGGAAUGAAGGUGUGGCGGUGUUUGAUGCUCAUAGCCAAACCAACUUCACCUUGCGAGCCAUGCUGUUCUGCACAAUCAAUGACUUCCCAGCAUAUGGUAACUUGUCAGGAUACACUACUAAAGGGGCUAAGGCAUGCCCUAUUUGUGAAGAUGAAACAGAUGAUCUUUGGCUAAACAAUAGUAAGAAAAAUGUGUUUAUGAGUCAUCUAACCUUUCUACCCAUUGACCAUCCUUAUAGAAAGAAGAAAAAAGUUUUCAAUGGAAAAUAUGAGACUAGAGUGGCUUGCUCACCAUUAUCAGGGGAUGUCGUUUAUGAAAGAGUAAAAAACAUUGAUAUUGUGUUUGGAAAAACUUCAAAAACAAGUCAGAAGGGUAUUUGGAAAAAGAGGUCUAUAUUAUGGGAUUUACCAUAUUGGGAGCACUUAUCUAUUAGACAUUGUCUUGAUGUAAUGCAUGUAGAGAAAAAUAUUUGUGAUAGCAUUAUCGGGACAUUGUUGAAUAUUCCAGGUAAGACGAAAGAUGGUAUAAAAGCUAGAAAAGAUAUGGUUGAAAUGGGGAUAAGGGAUCAAUUAGAACCACAACACUCGGGAAACAGGGCAUACUUACCUCCAGCUUGUUAUACUUUGUCUAAAAAGGAGAAAAAAAGUUUUUGUAGCUGUCUGAAUAGUAUUAAGGUUCCUUCCGGCUAUUCAUCUAAUAUUAAAAAACUUGUUUCAAUGAACGACCUUAAAUUGGUUGGUAUGAAAUCUCAUGAUUGCCAUGUGUUAAUGCAACAUAUGUUACCUGUUGCUAUUAGAGGCAUAUUACCAAACCAUGUUAGACAAACAAUUACCAAGAUUUGUUACUUUUUCAAUGCCAUUAGUAGUAAAGUUGUUGAUCCAGAUGUGUUAGAUUCGUUGCAAGCUGAUGUGAUAGUAAUUUUAUGCCAAUUUGAAAUGUAUUUCCCCCCAUCAUUUUUUGAUGUUAUGGUGCAUUUAACAGUUCACUUGGUGUGGGAAAUUAAAAUGUGUGGUCCUAUAUUUUUAAGGUAUAUGUAUCCAUUUGAGAGAUACAUGGGAAUUUUGAAAGGAUAUGUGAGAAAUCGAUACCGGCCAGAAGGGAGUAUAAUUGAAGCUUAUGGCGCUGAAGAAGUCAUUGAUUUUUGUACUGAUUAUUUGUCUAAUGUUGAGUCGAUUAGUGUUUCUAAAUCACGUCAUGAAGGAAGACUCACAGGAAAAGGUACCAAUGGGUAUAAAGCUAUUCUACCAAAUGCAAAAAUGCGAAAUCAGGCUCAUCAUCUCGUACUACAGCACUGUUAA